AUGGACAAGCACAUCCAGAUCAACGGAGCUUACAAUCUUGUGGUUUGUCUAGAUUGCAAACGUGCAUUAACGCCAGGCGAUGGGGCAAUCGGCCAUCUACGAAAUGUGCAUCAAGUUUCGGGCGCUAAUUUGAAAGAAAUCGAAGACUACUUGGCUCUGGGACAGGCAAACAAUCCAAAGACCAUCGAACUUCCGCCCAAUGGUGGGCCGAAGCAACCAGUGAUUCCGGUCGUAGAUGGGUUUAAGUGCAGAGGCUGCUCAUUUAUCACAACGUCGGAGAAAUCAGCGAACAUUCACUGGAGAACUGUGCCACAUACGUUAGAGGGUCAUCGCUAUACCAAGGUUCGUGUUCAAUCGUGGAUGGGUGGGAAAUAUGCGCGCUACUGGACAGUGGGCAACGAAGGGUACGACCCAACCACCGACAUCGACGCACGAGAUGAAGCAGGCAACGAGAGAAGUGUGAGCGUACUCGAGCAGCUUCUGCGAAAGGGAGCAAAGCGAAUACGUGAUUCCAACGCGCAGUGGUACCGGGCCGGGCAGGCGCAACAAGGUGCGGACUACGAUAAUGAAUUCGUCAAGGAGAUGCGUUGGAUCAAGUUCACCGAAGAAAAGGACCGAGCCGUCAUUGCCGCCGCCACAAGAUGGGUCAAGGCCAAGGCGAUGGAUGGGACCAUACAAGAAGCAUUGGAAGCAGACACUGGUUUGACGGCACAACUUACAAUGCUAUGCGACAGCAUCAAGCGAGAAGUCAAGCGAUGCGAGCCACGAAUAUAUGCCGUUCCCAAACCCAUUCUGCAACGACUACACGGAAUUGAAGGGGGCAAAAGCAACCCGAUACCGUUCAGAAUGAACGAAGACACCGAUACGCUGCAAAAAUACAGCAUUGUGUGCCAGCGAUAUCUCUGUUUAUGCUGGCGAGCGUAUAAGCUUGGACGGGAAGAAGCAGAAGCCAAACUCGGGAUGCGGUUCACAGAUGAGCAGUGGGGUUUGCUGUGCGACAUGGACCGUGUGCUACAAGAGAUGGAUGGAAAUAGAUUAGAUGGCGGCGAAAGUUCAGAUGGUUAUGACAGCGACACGGGCGGCUUUAUACGAAGCAGCCAACCUGAUAUGAGACGGCCGGGGGGUCAGGCCGAGCUGGAUGUGAUCUUGUUCAAGUUUAUUAUUGCAUCCAUCAAGACGAAAGUUGGCGGCGCUAUGUACACCAACGCAUUGCUGUGCUUCUUUGCGGCGACAGCCAUUAGAGAAGGCGGCAAUGGAUUUCUGCCCGCAGGUGUAUUUACAGCGACGGUGGCGGCGAUGCUGUGGAUCUUGCGACUGUUUUUUCUGGAGGAUUCAUUCCAAGACAUGCCGCUGAAUGUAGAGGACAUCUCAGUAGAAAAGAUGGAGUGGUUCACGGAGCAGCACGCCGAGUGGCUGUCUGUCGACCGGUUCACGGUGGUCGGGACCAUGAUUAGCUGGAUGGCGUAUGGCAAGGGACAUAGGAACAAGACUAUGGCGACACCAAGCGUACGUUGGACAGACGACUAUGAGACGCUCAUCCAUAACGGGGAAGAUAUACGGAUCCAUGAGUUUCAACGGGCGGCGUACCGGUUAAAGCUGCGUAUUGAUCAUCUCAUGGGGAGGUUGCUUGGAGAUAGGUGGUCGACGAUUGGACCCAACAUCGACAUGGAGGGCAUCCGCGACGACAUGACAUAUCUCGGUGCCGGGCAAUCAUUUGCCACGAACAAGGCCAACGAGUGGCUUCGGAGUGGGCCGGAGCUAGCUAUCAAGGCUGCGCAGUCGAUGCUCUUUGAUCCAAGGACGAACUCGUGGAAGAAGAAGGGAGUGACGAAGUGGUUGAGAGAUCUACGGCAGCUGAAAGAACUGCUUAUGCCGGGAUGCCAUGUGUGGCCCGGGAUGCCAGGUCGUGGACCAGAGGUGAGCACAAUGAGGCACUGCGAUGGACUACAGGUGAUGCGGAACAUUUUUCUAUACAGCGGGUCGGUUAUGAUUGUAACAGAUCGCGACAAGACCAAGUCGAUCCGCGACAUGGGCCGCAAGGUCGCACGGUUUCUGCCAGACGAUAUGGGCCGUGUACUCGUAGCAUACAUUGCGUGGCUGCUGCCGGCAGAAGAGUUUCUAGAGCAAGAAUUGAAGCUCCCGGCAACGCCGCCGAGUAUCAAGGAAUUUAUGUGGAGGCACGGUCCGUCAGGGAGGUGGAAGACGGAGAAGCUGAGCUCUCUGCUCGCACGCGAGAUAGGAACCGGGCUUGGUGUGCGUAUGGGCACGGCGAGAUACCGAAUGAUUGUUAUAGAGAUGGGCCGGAUCGUGGAUGGGUUAGUCUUGGAGGAAUGGGAAAAAAAGAUUGAGGAUGACAACCAUGACGGGAUCGAGUUGGAUGAGCUCUCAGGCGAAAUGCUGCACAUUGGCGGAAGCUGGAACAUUAUAUGGGAUUUACAAAGCACACACGGAACAAGAACAGCUCGACAGAGCUACGCUGUGCACAUUGGCAUGCCAGGCCACCUGCACCCGAUGCUAAUCCGUCGAUAUCAUGAGGUCAGCCGGUUAUGGCAUUUGUUUCUCGAAAAGGGUAACCCGCGAAAAACAUGGGGGAACCGAGCACGGGGAGACGAGCACGAAAGCAACAAGAAAGCAGAUACGGAGAAUAUCGAGGCGGCAACGCUUGCCGCGCUACAAGAGCUCGAAGGCAGCACCGCGACGUGGCGAUCGGCGAAGCAGGAGGAGUGUAUGCACGCAAUCAUGAGACUAGAAGGUGCACGGCAUCUGGUUUGUGUACUGCCAACGGGAGCAGGGAAGAGCAAUUUGUUCAUGGUCCCAGCGAUGAUGCGGGGACAAGGGACAACCGUUGUCGUCGUGCCAUUCUCUAGGCUUCUCGAUGAUAUGGUCGGACGGAUGAGGGAGAAGGGUGUCGACGUUGUUCACUUCCAACGCAGCCAGAUCAUCGCUCGCGAGGCGCUCCCAUACGUGCCGCGACUGGUCAUUGUCAGCGCCGAUGUGGCCGUCGCCGAGGACGAGUUAUUCAUGGCUUACAUGGACAAGUUAAAGGCCGUUGGCCGCUUGCAAAGAAUCUUUAUAGACGAGGCGCACGUAGCCAUUACGGAUUCAUCGUACCGAGAGCAGCUAACGAAGCUCAAGUGGCUACAUCGCUUUUCCAAGCCAAUCAUUAUGCUUACGGCGACACUGAUGAAGACGAUGGAGCGCGAUUUUCGAGAGAUGCUGGUUCUACAGCCCGAGACACCCAUUAUCCGCGACCGAACGACGAAGAAGAAUGCCAGGUAUGAGUUUGUACAGGUAGGACGAAAGGAGGGCGCGGUGGAGAAAGCAACGGUGCAGUUUGUACGACGGACGCAGACAUCGCUGAUGAGCCAGGAGAAGUGCAUUGUGUACUGCAAAUCGAUAGACGACUGCCGGGAAAUUGCAGAGAAACUGGCGUGUGUCUGUCAUCACAGUAAAAUGAGCGAUGCCCACUGCAAGGAGGUAGUGGCUCGAUGGUCUUCCGGACAGGGCAGUGCCGUAAUGGCAGCGACGACGGGACUGGGCACUGGUCUGGACUUUCUGGGUAUUGUUGCGAUCGUGUUUAUGGGCAUACCUUUCGGCUUGUACGACUAUGUACAGCAGACUGGUCGAGGUGCGCGACGAGCUGGCGAGUUUGUGCUCUGCAAGGUGAUCCACGACGGGGUAAAGCCGUUCGAGACGAGGGGAAUCAGCAGCUUCGCGCUGAAGAGUCAACACGCCAUGUGGACGGUGGCAACGGCGCCAGGCUGUGUGCGAGAGCAGAUUGCCAUGAUCAUGGACGGAGUGUAUGGGGAGUGCUGCGUGGAUGUUCCCGACGCCGUGCCGUGCUACCGAUGUGAGCCAAGUUACGCGUUCUCGUCGAAGCGUACAGAAUCAGAAACAGAAACAGGACCAGAAACGGCGGCAGUUAAUACGCAUGGGGAGGGUGACAACAACUUAUUUGCCGAAAUUAACGAGACAGAGAUGGGCACGCACGCGCUGAUUCAACGGAUUGACGCCGAGGAUACAAGAGCGCGAGGAUUCCCGGCCAACGCCAGCAUAUUUCAGGAGGACUAUCGACAGAGGGCCACGGACGAACUCAUUGUCAGGCAAUGGCUUAUCGAGGUGGAGAGCAAGUGCGCCGCAUGUUUUACAAAGAGGCUACUGGCAGAUAUUGCAGGACGCGAGACCGGGCAGACGGUUGGCAAAGAAGGGGCUACAGAGGAAGCGGAGGAGGAUAAGCGGGAAGAAGAUGACCAUGAGGCGCUCGGAACAUCAUGCCCGGCGAGGGUGGAGGGAAUGGAGUUAUAUCGGAAGAUGAGGAAACAACUCCGGUUUGCUGGACUAUCGUGUUGUUUUACGUGUAAAUUGCCGUUGGACUGGUGCUUGGAGGCCAAAGAGGACAGGGGCACCCCAAACCGGUGUGUCUACGUAGACAAGGUUUUGCCAGCCAUCGAAGUCGCGGCCAGCAUGACGCGAGAAGCCCAGUGGAUACGCGACAGUUUUCAUAUUGACCCAGCAGACAAACAAGCUUUUCAGCAAUGGCUUGCUGGCAAGAGAGUUUUCAUGGACAAGAAAGGGACCAACAUGCACAUGUUGUGGGCGAUGGUUGUUCGCAAAACGUAUGGGCACAGGAUGAGGGCGGUUCCAUCCGUGCACUAG